AUGGAUAACGCAUCAAACUAUUCCGGUUCGGAUUCUCAAAUGGUAGUAAUUGACGGUAAAAAUAAGAAUUUUUAUGAUAUCAUCCGGUCUGUUAAAGGAAAGGAAUUUACUAGGAAUAUUAUGUUCUUCGAGUAUCAAUUGUAUUUCAAAUUUGAUGGUGUUCAGUUUUGGAUGGCCUUAAAAGAGUUUCUUCGGGUUUUAGGAAAUAAUAGUGUUUGUUGUAUUCAUACUCGCUUUGAUGAUAAUAAUAAUGUAUUCUUCAUAUCGGAUACCGGGUUAAAUGGAGAAUUAAAGAAAUUUAUUAAUGAAUCUGAGCCUAAAUUAACAUAUAAAUCAGAGACAGAAAUGCCUCUUGCUUUGUAUUUCUAUUUAUUGGAUAUGUAUAUGUCUAAAAGUGACAUUAAUGUAGUUGGUAUUGAUUAUAUUGGGUCUAAAUGGAAGGAGCCUGAAGUUAUAUUCUUCGAGUUAGUAUACAAAGCUACUGGUGACAUAGAAGAAUUAAUGGAACAUUAUAUUGAAAGUGUUAGUAGGUUAACUAUGGAGUAUGUAAAUACAAUGGAAGUCACUCCUAGAGAAUGGAUAGUUGGUGUUGGUAAUAAUAGAGAGUUAUUCUUUGGUGUCAGGUUUUCUUCGGAUCAUGUAUUUGAUGUAGAGAAGAUAUCUCCUAUGGAAGCAAUGGGUUAG